UGGGAGUCACGUGACGUCAUGCGGAUGGAAACUUCGUGUCUGCUGAUAGAGGAGAAGAAAGUCCAGAGAAAGAUGCAUGAAGAGGAUGACAGCGCUGCCAAUCCCAGAAAGAAUUCCCGGAUCCUGGCGGCCAGGUCUUUCGAUGUGUCCGACUGCGAUGGCACGAAGCAGCAGAGCGUCAAAUCAUGCGGCUACCUGAACAAACUGACAGGGAAAGGGCCCCUGAGAGGCUUGAAAACGCGCUGGUUUGUGUACGACCCCAGGAAAUGUUACUUGUAUUAUUUUAAGACUCCUCAAGACGCCCUUCCACUGGGACACAUUGAAAUAGCGGACGAAGGAGGGGGCUUUGUAGAAAACGAAGCAGGAAAACUAGAGGUACACAGCAAAAAUAGAGCCUUGGUUUCACCCUACUUUUCUUUUUCUUUCUGCGAGCAGGCACCCAACAGGCAGGUGAUGCAUUACUGGCUGCAGCAGCUACAGCAGAAACGAUGGGAUUUUUGCAAAAUGUCUGGCCACAGAGACAGCUGGUGCUCCCCCACCCCGUUUUUUCCACAUACAGGCCUGGUGGCCAAAGAUGCAGAAGCAGUGCUCUAUGAGAAGCCCAACGAGAGCAUGGAAAGUGUUCGGAGUGACUUUGCUGUGGAGAUGGACAGUGAUGGGCUGGUCGGGCUCCAGUCGGUGCGUAACCCUGUGGCACAACCCAACGCAGCUCUCAACUCCCUCCGACACUGGGGCUCUGAGAUCAGAAAUAGCAUGUCUCAUCUGCGGGCCAGCCGAGGAGGAGAAAACAGACGCAGUGUGUUUUACACAGCCAACAGUGAGGACUGGGAGAUGGUGGAUCCUCCAACCAAAGACACACCAGAGCACAAAUCUCCACCUGACAGCCAGCGCCGGGAAAGCCCAACUCACGUUCAACGAUACUCCAUUGGCUCAGCAUUCACGUUUGACUUCCGCAACCCCUCGAGAAUGAAACGGCCCUUUCACAUGGGCUCUGGGAAACCCAGCCGCAGUGCAGAGAGCUCACCGGUUGAAUGUAACGGGACCAAGACCUCCGAACUGCAGCUCCGCAUUCAGAGCCAGCAGGAGGAGAUCAGUCACCUGCAGGAGCAAGAGAACCAACUCAGAGAAGAGCUCGCCAGUCAGAAGGAGUUGGUUCAUCUUCUCCAACAAACACUACGUAGCUCCCAAUGUGAUUGGCGUUCCACAGUGUCUCCUGGGAACAUGGGGCCUGACAGUCAUGACCAAGCUGAGAAUGAGGUGGACAAAGCCCUGGCAGAGCGGGACACCCAGAUCAAAGACCUUUGUGGACACAUGGAGAAGUUAGCUUUGGAGAAGGAGAGUCUUCAACAGGAGUUGAAGAGUUUGAAGAUUAAAGUUGGGGAGAUAAAUGAACAGCUGGGCAUGCUCAUGGAGACCAUUCAGGCCAAGGAUGAAGUCAUCAUGAAACUUUCCCAACAGAGUAGUAUUGAAGAAACCCAGUCGGCUGAAUGCAACUCGCCUAGUGCAACUAGGGAACAACAAGAGUUGGACAUCCUGAAGGACAGCCUUCAGGGCUACAAAUCCCAAAAUAACUUCUUAAACAAAGAAAUUCUGGAGUUGACGGUCUUGAGAAGAAAUGCUGAAUCCAGAGAAAAAGCGCUAGAGGCAAAGUGCACCAGUUUGGAGGCCAAGCUGUGUCAGGUGGAGAGUAAGUACCUGGUUCUACUACAGGAAGUGAAGACUCCCGUUUGCUCCUCCUCAGAGCAGACCCAUAGCGGAGAGGUCAUCACUCGCUUACUAGAAGAUGCACUACAGGUGGAGAGCACAGACCAGCAGGAGCACCCUAUCCUCAAACCCAACGCUGUCAGUGAGUAUGACAUUUAUGGCUUCAAAACUGUCCCGGAGGAGGAGGAUGAAGAGGAAAAACUUGAAGCCAAAAAGAGAGCGCUAGACCUGAAGUCCCUCUCCCUGACAGACCAGGAGACCUCAGUCAGGGUGAAGUGGGACAACUACCUGGCCAUCACCAUGAACAGAGAGAUGGUUCGAUCUCCAGAGCUUAAGGCGCUGAUGCGAAGUGGGGUUCCCCAUAAACACCGUUCCAAGGUGUGGAGCUGGUGCGUGAACUUCCAUGUGAAGAAGAUUCGUGACGGCCUGCCAAAAGACUAUUAUCAGAACCUUCUGUCCAUGGCGAACGAAAAACCAAACCCAGCCUGCAAGCAGAUAGAGCUUGAUCUUCUGCGGACGCUCCCUAACAACAAGCACUAUGCCUCUCCUGACUCGGAUGGCAUCCAGAAACUCAGGAAUGUGCUGCUGGCUUUCUCCUGGAGGAAUCCAGAUAUCGGCUACUGCCAAGGCCUCAACAGGCUGGCAGCUAUUGCUCUUCUGUAUUUGGACCAAGAAGAUGCGUUCUGGUGUCUUGUGGCCAUUGUUGAGGUUUUCAUGCCACGUGACUAUUACACUAAAACAUUGCUAGGUUCACAGGUAGAUCAGCGCGUGUUGAAGGACCUGAUGUUUGAGAAGUUACCCAGGCUUCAUGCUCAUUUUGAGCAUUAUAAGGUGGACACCUCUCUCAUCACCUUCAACUGGUUCCUGGUUGUGUUUGUGGACAGCGUGGUCAGCGACAUCCUCUUCAAGAUCUGGGAUGCUUUUCUCUAUGAGGGACCCAAGAUAAUUUUCAGAUUUGCUCUUGCACUCUUCAAAUACAAAGAAGAGGAAUUUCUAAAGCUCCAGGAUCCCAUGACCAUUUUCAAGUACCUUCGGUACUUCACACAUACAAUCUUGGAUGCAAGGAAGUUGAUGAGCAUGGCCUUUGUGGACAUGAACCCAUUUCCACUGAGGCAGAUCCAGAACCGUCGCACGUUCCACCUGGAGAAGGUCCGCCUGGAGCUCACCGAGCUGGAAGCCAUCCGGCAGACCUUCCUGCGGGAGAGAGACACCACCCUGGAGGGCCGCACACUCAUCAGUGAUGACGAGGAGGACAGCUGAACCACAGCCGAUAA